CCCGCCCUCCUCACUAGUCUUCCUAGGAACAAUUACUCUCACCUCUCCUGUCCUCCCUCCCCAGUCCUCCGAACUGGGGCAAGCGCUCCCGGUCCUCUGCUGGGGUUAAAAAGGAGAAGUGAAAGAGAGAGGAAAACACGCGCGCGCACACACGGUGAUAUCUUGCGGGUGAUGAAUAUGAUAAUUGGACAAGGGACGGUGAGUCGGUGCGACAGCGAGCGGGGCGAGUGGGAGAGGGAGAGGGGAGAGAGAGAGGCGGGCGGGGAGGGGAGAGGAGAGAAGAGGAGCAGGGGAGAGGCGAGGAGAGCGAAGACGAGGAGAAGAAAAGAGGAGCGAAGGGAAGAGGAGAGGGCAGGAGAGGAGGAGAGAGACGAGCGGAGGAGAGGAGAGAGCAGCGGAGGAGGAGAGAGGAGAAGGGUAAAGAGAAGAAGAGCGAAGCGGAGAGGGAGCAGGCGGACCCGGCGAGAGCUCUUUUGCGCCGCUCUGCUUUCCCCGGCUGCAAUGGUGUAUUAUUUCAGAGCGCUCCCUCAGCUGAGGGCUCCGCUCCACAACAAGAUUUACUUUAAGACACAGCUGAAGGAAACAGGAAGACUGCACGUCACAGUCUAUCUGACGUACCCGGCCCCAGCACCCAAUCGCGAGGCGCCUUCGGAUUCAAGGGGGGAUAGCAAGGCAAGAGAACUUGGGAGGAAAAAAAAAUAUAAAAGGGGUGGGGAUGUAGCUGAUCGAGUUCGCCGAGUGGCCGACAGAAUGAGCGCUCCUCCGACUUGGGUGGAGGAAGGCACGGAAAAGAAGCUCCCUCACCCCCUGCCUUGGCGGCGGAGGCUCCCGGUUCGCGACGCUCUGCCGCGGCGGUUCGCAGCCCGCAUUAGGGCGCAGGAGCUGCCAGUUGAAACAGAAGCGCGCGCGACGCUAGGCAAGCGAGCUCGGUUCGCAGCCCAGCUCCGUGAGCUGCCUCCACGCAGCCCUGUCCCGCGUCCUGUCCUCUACUGUCGGGGUAGCGUACAGGCCAGGCUCCUGGAAACUUCUCUUGCUGGAGCUACGGCACUCUCCCGGGUCUUGGGCGGCCCUGGAGCAAGACUUGAGGCCCGGGCCCCCUAUCUCGGGCGACUCCCGGUUUGUUUUCUGAUAGGAGAGAGGCGAUCAGUCAGCCUGGAGACGAGAAGUCGCCUAGAUAUUGGCUCCAUCCCUGAAACCAGCCGCCAAGCCUAG